GUCCGCCACAACGACUACAUCGAAGACUACACCUGGGUCAUGAUGCUGGAUGAUGUCUCGCGCCGAGAGCGGUUGCAGUACUCCGCACACCUCGUGGACAUGACCACGGGGAAAGAGGCAACCGCUCGCGUGGGCGCCAGCUUCAACACCAGCAAUACCAGCUGGUGGUUCGAAGACGGUCUGGCACUCAGUGGAAAUCAGCUCGAUCGCGUCGAGACAAUUUCGACUGAGGCGAACAUCGCGGUCACCAUCAGCGAGACGGUGGCGCCCUCAGAAGGCG